UCCCAAGCCAUCAGAUCCCCCGGCCACGUCUGGCUCUCUGGCCAAAUCCCAGCAGACGCAAAUGGGAAACUCAUCAAAGGUUCAAUAACAGACCAGACUCAGACCAUCAUCCAGAAUACAGACAAUCUAUUGCAGGAAGCUGGAUCGUCGUUGGAGAAUGUCGUCAAGGUGGUGGUCUAUGUGAAAGAUGCUAGUAUUAUGCCCGAGUUCUCGACCAUCUAUGAUGCAGCUUUUCCGCAGAAACCCGCACGGUCGAUGGUGGAAGUGUCGAAUUUGCCGGCUGGGGUUGAUAUCCAGGUGGAUUUUAUUGCGGUUGUUUGA